UAGACGAUACUGUUGUUUGUUUUGGUUUUUUUUUUUUUUUUUUUUUGAAGCGAUUGAUCAAUGACGAUUCGUUAUUUACCAGGGUAAGUGUAGCACUGUAGUAGUGUACUGAGUUAUGUCUUUGUAGAGAGUCGGCGUCGAACAUUCCAGAACUAUCCACCAAUCCUUGUCUGGUCAUUGUUUCCCUAAGUGGGUCAAGCAACUUCGUAACUUCUGAUGUAACAAUAGACCCAGUAGCCGCGGGUGGGCAGCUCACGACCGGGUAUUACGCACGCAGCCGACUUACAAGGUACGGAAGUCAGUAAUUGGGAGCUACAUGUGCGGUAACUCUUGGCAACAAUAUGGAGUUGUUGUUCUUGUCGGUCUCUGGUGAAGCGUAUUUCGAACGGCUGGCGACAAAGUCCUUCUUCUGAGCAGAGACAGACGCUAGUCUACUUCUCUUAUUUCUGUUGUAAGAGGUCAACUGCCAUCGCAGGUCUGAGAGACAACAAACUUCAGUGGGUCUUCUUUUAUCACUAGAAACACUAAAGCUGAUGAAACUGAAGACUUGAUCUUCAUUAGUCAACAAUAAGUGGAAAAUUACUUUUAUGAAAAACACAAAACAAUAUAAUCAGACACCCUUGAGACCAGAAAGAUAUGUCGGCCAUAAAAAGUGAGAUGCAGAGUCCAUGUAAACUCAUGAAGACUGAAACAACUGUUCAUGUAAUACCUAAAGCAGAAAGUUCAUUUUGCUUUGAUUAUAAUGAGACAAAGUGUUUACAGAUUGGUUUCAUGCAGCACAACAAUAGUUUUGGCCAAAAACUCCAUGAUAUAACAAUUGAUCCAGCUGACCAAAAACACUGGAGGUGUGAGAAUGUUCCAAAAUUGGAGACAAAUUCUCAAAUGUCCAGUUCUUUCGUUAAAAUAGAAUGGCAGCCUGCUCACACUGUGAAGACAGAAUGUAUGACUGAGCACAAUCAUAGAGUAAAGAUUGAAAGGGCAUUGCCUGGUCAGGAGGUAGUUUGUCAACCUAAUAGUGAUAAUGAAUUCUAUUGCAAUACUUAUGAAGUAAAGACACAGUAUGGUCUACAUCAUGAUGAAAAUACAAAUGGACCAGUUACUUCUGAGGUCAAGCAUGAAGAUCACUCUGGUCAGGAAGUUGGUUUGAUAGUAAAGGCAGAACCGACAAAAUCACACAGUCUGUACAAGGAAGGAUGGAACAUAAAGGUAGCCACAAUGAUGAAGCAUAUGAAGGCACAGAGCGCACCACAGGAAGUGGGUUCAGUUGUAGGAAAAAUAAAGAUAUUUUACAAUUUGCAUCACAUCCUGAACAAGAUGUAGUUGUUUCUGAAGGUAAAUAUACUCAGUUGUUGGAUAUUGUGACUGAGAGUCCUCAGCAUGAGACAAAUCUCAGUGUUACAGAGCCUAGUGUCAAUUUCAAGUCAGAAGAACAGCGACAUAGUAAGGAUACAAAAUCUUAUGAGUGCAAAGUGUGUAUGUCUUCAUUCAGUUUUCCAUCCUUGCUCAAAAAACAUGUGUCAAUCCAGACAGGGGAACUUCAUAAGUGCAGAGCAUGUGAAGCUGCCUUCAAAAAAUUAGACCAUUUGAAGCAGCACAUGCUUGUUCACAGGGAUGAGAAGCAUAACAAGUGCAGAAUAUGUAAAGCUUCUUUCAAAACAUUACGAAAUUUGAAACAGCACAUGCUUGUUCACAGUGAUGAGAAGCCUCACAAGUGCAGAGUAUGCGAAGCUGCCUUCAAAAGAUUAGACCAUUUGAAGCAGCACAUGCUUGUUCACAGUGAUGAGAAGCCUCACAAGUGCAGAGUAUGCGAAGCUGCCUUCAAAAGAUUAGACCAUUUGAAGCAGCACAUGCUUGUUCACAGUGAUGAGAAGCCUCACAAGUGCAGAAACCAUGGUAAUGAAGAAACCUCACUAGUGCAGCAUGUUGAAGUCCUCACCUCCUUUCAAAAUGCACACAGUAAUCAAUGA